AUGGAUUCCACAGCAGCCUAUGCCUCUCUGGUGAAAGAUGUUAAUUCAUUUGAGUUCACAACAAACUAUCAUCCAUGUGAGCUGUUGCUCAUUGGAGAUGAAGCCUUCCCAGUGCUGGUGAGCACCAGUGGGCAAGUGCUAAUUGCAGCAUCUUGUUAUGGAAAGGGCCGGAUGGUGGUUGUUUCCCAUGAGGGAAUCUUGAAGGACUCCAAGUUUUCCCAGUUCCUCAGAAAUGCUGUGGAGUGGCUCAAGCCUUCCCCCGAGGCCCUGGUUGGGGUCCAUCCUCAUUUGGAUUCCCUCACCCAGCUGCUGCUCAGGGCUGGCACCAAAGUACAGGCUGGGGCAGAGCUUAGCCCCUCCCUGGGGGUGUACUGUAUGGACGCCUAUGACAGCACGCAGGCAAAAGACUUGGUUGGCUUUGUAAAGGGGGGUGGGGGGCUGCUCAUUGGUGGCCAAGCCUGGCACUGGGCUAGUCGAUAUGGCAAGGAGAAGGUGCUGUUUGAAUUCCCUGGGAAUCAGGUGACCAGCGUGACUGGCGUGUAUUUCACAGGCAGUGAGGGAGAGACUGACUCUUUUUCAGUGUCCAAAGAAAGGCCGAGGAUUCCUCUGAUCAGCCGACAUGGAUUGGAUACGAAAAAAAAUUUAGAAGUUCUUUUGAAAGGAGUGACCGAAUUCAAGAUAGAAGAUGGCAGUGUCCCCUCCCAUCUACUCAUCCAUGGUGCAUUGGCAUUUCCUAUUGCUAUGAAUGACUCCCACCAGGCAUUCCUUGUAGCUGCACACUAUGGCAGGGGCCGUGUUGUGGUACUUGCUCAUGAAAACUUUUUCCAAGCAUCAGCAAUGAAAACCUUUAUCCUCAAUGCCAUUGGUUGGCUUGAUGCUGGGAAGGGAGGACAAGUUGGUAUUGCUGGUGAUCUGCAGGAUUUUUUCACUUUCCUAAGCCAGGAGAAGAUCCCUUGCAAGCUAAUGGAUCUUAAGGAAAACCUGAGUGUGUACUGCUGCAAAGUUUACAGUGAUGAGGAGGUGGAGAAGAUUCAUGAGCUUGUUUCAAGGGGCGGUGGUCUGCUGAUUGGAGGACAGGCAUGGUCCUGGGCUGCAGCGAAUGCUGAUGAGAAUGCCAUUGCUGAGUUUCCUGGGAACAAAAUACUGCAAAAGUUUGGAGUUAGUAUCUUAGGAGAUAACAUACUACCAUCAAGUCAGCCAGUCUUACAUCCUGAUGCGAUUUUCUUACAGUACCACUUUCGCAAGGCACUCUCCCAAUUUCAGCAAAACCUCAAGAAAAAAGAAGCUCUAAAGCCACCAUAUUCCUCCUGGCUCAAGAAAUUAGCACAGGACUCAAGAGUGUUCCUGAGGAUUCCAGCACAGACCUCCCUAGCUAUCUGCUUUGUUCAGAAGGAGAUGGCUGAGCUAGUGCUUUCCCAGGGGGUUCUUGAUGUCAGUGCUGACAGCCCAAUCAAAGGCAGCUCUGAGGAAAUGGUUUUAAUCAACAUAGCUGCCGAGCUCUAUGGCAACUUCCCUGAUGUACAAAAACAACUGUGUGCUCCCAACCAAAAUCUUCCAGAAAUGACUACAUCCCCAACUGUAACUGUUCAGAUUGAUGGAAGAAAUGAAGGUCCAGAAGCAUGGAGAAGCACUGGGCUUUAUAUUCCUCCCAGAAGAACAGCCACUCUAUAUUUUCCCGCUUCUGCUGUUGCAGCUAACCUGAAGGUGCAGAUUGGCUGUCACACUGAUGACCUCAGCUAUGCUGCAGAGCUGAAGCGGCCUCCGUUGGUGGUAAAGAAAUUCAAAGUUGAAAAAACCACCAUGGAAGUCUCUAGUCUGUGGGGUGGCCUCAUAUAUAUCAUAGUGCCAAAGGAGAGCACAUUAGGCCAAAUAUCAGUCACAAUUAAAGAGGCUGUGCAGGCUCCAUUCUUCAGGCUUGGUAAGUGUGACAUCUCUGCCUGGCAGUCAACCAUCUGUCAGUACCCAGCCCCCUGGGCUGAGCUGGCCACAGAGAACAUCAUCCUGACAGUACCAGCUGCUGAUGUACGCCACAUGGACGACCCAGAGAGUCUGCUUUCCAUCUGGAACAAGAUGAUGAAUGCAAUAGCCAGACUGGCAGCCAUCCCAGCAACUUUUCCAAGGCCAGAGAGGAUGGUGGCAGAUGUCCAGAUAUCUCAUGGUUGGAUGCAUGCUGGCUACCCAGUCAUGCAUCAUUUGGAGUCGGUGACAGAGAUGAUAGAUCUGCAGUCCCUCCAAGCCAACGGCCUUUGGGGUGCCAUUCAUGAGCUGGGCCACAAUCAGCAGCAAUCUGAAUGGGAGUUUCCUCCUCACACCACCGAAGCCACCUGCAGCCUCUGGUCUGUUUAUGUGAAUGAGACUGUGUUGGGCAUCCCAAGAGAUAAGGCCCACAAUGCACUCACGGUGGAAUUUAGAAAGAAGAGGAUUCAAGAUUACAUUAAAAAUGGAGCACAGCUGAAGGACUGGGAAGUAUUUACUGCCCUGGAGACGUACCUGCAGCUGCAAGAGGCCUUUGGAUGGGAAGCCUUCAUUGAAAUCUUUUCUAAAUACCAAAAUAUGUCUGAGCUCCCAGAUGAUAAUGACUCAAAAAUGAAUCUGUGGGCAGAAACCUUUUCUCAUCUGGUGAAGAAGAAUUUGACUCCUUUCUUUAAAAGCUGGGGAUGGCCAAUCAAGGAGAGCCUUUCCCAGCAGCUGGCUGAUUCUUUCCCCAGUUGGUCAGAUGAUCCAAUGAAGCAAUAUAGCUCCUAA